UGCUCACGAAGAAGACGGAGGCGGAAGUGUUAGUGGAAAACAUGGCAGCGCCCGUUGUGGUCACACUUAGGGCAAAUCCAGAUCUCCCACAAAAACGUCCUCGGUGUCAUCAUUGACUUUUUGGACUCAAUGUCGUUUUAUGAACCGAAGCAGCAGCUGGUGUGAGCAUGUGGCCGAACAGCAGAAGAACAGGAGCGGCCCUGAAGAUCCUCCAUCUCUGCUGUGCACCCACCGGGUUGAGAGGAGGAGUUGAGGGGAGGCAGCGGAGGGUCUACAGAUGUAUGUCAACAUCAGGACCACCGUGGAAACUCCUGUUCUUUGGUUCUGAUCAUUUUGCUUUGGAGUCUCUGAAACUCCUCACAGCCAGCAGGAGCUCAAGUGAAAAUAUAGUGGAGUCCCUUGAGGUUGUCACUCUGUCUGCUGAUGUCCCAGUGACAAGGUUUGCUCAACAGAACCACCUCAAGGUCCACAGGUGGCCCCCGGAGAAUGUGGACGGACGGUUUGAUGUUGGGGUGGUGGUGUCUUUCGGCUGUUUACUCCACGAGAAGCUCAUCGACAAGUUUCCACAUGGGAUUCUGAACGUUCACCCCAGCCUAUUGCCGAGGUGGCGAGGUCCAGCACCCGUCUUCCACACCAUUUUGCAUGGCGACACUGUGACUGGAGUCACCGUAAUGCAGAUCCACCCUCACAGGUUUGAUGUGGGACCCAUUCUCAACCAGGAGCUCCAUCAGGUCCCUGAAAACUGCACUGCUGAGGAGCUUGGAGCUGCCCUAGCUGAAAAGGGAGCCCAUCUGCUCAUUGAUACGUUGAUGACACUCUCUGAGAGAAUGGCACAUAAAACGAAGCAAAGCAAGACAGGUUCAACUUUUGCCCCAAAAGUCAGUGGCUCUAUGAGCUGGAUGGUGUGGGAGGAACAGACAUGUGACCAAAUUGACCGUCUGUAUCGUGCAAUCGGAUCACGAAUUCCAUUGAGGACCAUGUGGAUGGGCAGGACAAUAAAACUUCUUGAAUUUGUAGGAAAAUGUCACAUUUCAUUAUCAGAUCAAAAAAGGAAACCAGUUCCAGGCUCAGUGACGUAUCAGAGGGAGUCCAAUACUUUAGCUGUCUGCUGUAAGGACGGCUGGGUGGGUUUUAAGGCAGUGCUCCUGAAAAAAAGACUGACAGCAGCUGACUUCUACAAUGGCUACCUGCAUCAGACUGUGCAGCAGAAGACACUGUGUCCGACAGCUCAAGGACUGUUUCUUAGUAGAAAAGGUGGAACUGCAGCACAGCGGAUGAAAGAAAACUCAGUGUUGUGAUGUUUAUUCUAGGACGUGAACACUGAAGACGGGACAUCACCCAAUGGAAUCUACUGUUGUGAAGUUGUUAAUCUUGUCUGUUUUAAGACAUCUGCAUCUACAGUAUGUUUACUGUAUUAAUGAACUCUAUACUUGCAAUGCAUGAAUAUGCUGUUGACUGACAGAUGCAAGGAACAAUCAUGAAAACUGUUGUUGUUUUUUCUCUCCAUUAAUUGAAGUACACUUUUUCUAUAGGUUGCAGGUUCUUAUUAUUGAGUUACGUUUGAUUCUCUAGUCUUGAUUUUAAUGUUAAUGUAAGCAAUGUUAGUAAAAGUUAAACAUGGUAACAUACUGUA